CCUCUGCCAUCUAUUUACGUUGGCUUGCUACGGACGUAAGGUGCAUUUGGAUAUCUCUUAAGUUAACAUUAACUUACUCAGAAUGGAUUCCUUGGAGGACGUCUCCGCUCGUUUAAUUCUGAGAAAUGUCCUACAAACAGAGAAGGCCAAGUCUCCAGUAAAAGAAAGGGUGACACGCUUGCAGUCCCAGCCCGCUACACAACGCCGAAUGUCAAGAAUUAAAACGGGGCGGAAGACAUCUGGCGCCCGGAGCCCUCUGGUUGCACUACAGCAGAAACUAAAGCAACGAGUACGGGAGGGUGCAUCAUGUUCCCCACCACCUACCAGCAAGCAGAACAAGGAAUCGACCAAAAAGCCUCCUCAGCCACUUCUAGAAUAUCAGCUUGCUACACCUCGUGUCUUAUUGAGGCGCAUCAUACAAACACAAGCAGAAGCACCCAUGGUGUCAAAUCAGCCAGAUGCAAAGGAUGUGAACCCUAUAAUGUCACACACUCCCUGCACAGAGGAAGUGAGGCCGCUUUCCUCAGAGUCCAAUCUGUAUUAUGACUGUCAGAGAGAUCCAGAGGUCCAGUCUGAGCUGGAUUUGUCAAACAUUACCUUGGAGCUGAUGCAGCCUAUCCCAAAGGGGUUGAGCCGCAAGAGAGCCCCGACCUCCAUCAGUGUGUCUGCUUUUGAGAGACAGCUUGAGCAUCUGACAGAAGCAGUAGCAGAACCUGAUGUACUGGAGGAUUUCUCUUCAAACAGUUCACCCAGUCUUACUCUAAAUACACCAAGCCUUCACGUGACCGCUCAAAGAGGGCACCUGCAGCGAAAACCAGUCAGUCGGGAACUAGUUACUGAGGAGGUGUUUGAUAAAGCUGUCCACAUCCGUUUGCAAGAAUGUCCUGAGCCAUCUGGGAUACUUGCAAGCAAAAUGGAAAGAGACUCUUCCUGGCAAGGAUUUACUCUUGGCAUGAGUGAUGUCACUGUUCCUGACUUAACUACUGAUAUCAUAAUGAACAAAACUGCACUUUACACCCAAUCCCUCUCCCGACCAGCCACAGUUGACUGUGUGGAAGAGUUACAGACAAAUCCCUCUGAGAAAGAAGAGUUGGAAUAUAUGAAACAGACUACCAUUACAGAAGUGGGCUGUACAUAUCCUAAUGAGAUGGUUCCUGAGACCCAAGAGGAGGAGGAAUUUGUGUCUGGGACGACAUCUGAGAUUACACAUAUGGAUGACCCGGAUCAUGUGAGGGUAGAGCCUAUGUCCGAAUGCAAGGUCCAGGAUAGCGGGCAGGAGGCUGAGAAACAGCAGUUGGACAAGUCAACUGCCAACUCGAGUGGUGUGAUCCCUGAAUCUCUGAGUCUGGUGGUUGAGGAGUUACAAGCUAAGAUUGUGGAGUGCUAUGAUGGAACAACUCUGACACCGGCCAUUGAGUCAGAAGAAAUUGAGAAUGGAUCUGAGGUAGUACAAAUGGCUAGGGGUUUGCCUGAUGAUAAGGAGAUGGACACCCUACAGUACCCAGAGCAAGUUGUCCACAAUAGUGUGUACUUUUCUGAACAUGGGGCCACGUCUGAAGUAUCUACAAAAACAAGGAAAAGCGGUUGCAUGUUUAAUGUUGGAGCAGAAAAGGAUUAUGUGCAAUUGAAAUGUAAAACUGGAAGGCAAUCAGAUCAUGUUUUGGAUCCUGACUCUGCUCUGCCUUCUAUGCUGUCUGAGAGGACUAAUGAGGAGUUAGAAGAGGAGAAUGAUUGCCAAGAGUUGGCUCAACAAACACCUGUUUUUGUGAGACAGAGGAAGGAGGAGCCAACUAUUGCCCUGUCCCCUCCAGUUGUUAACAGCGGGAAUCCCAGACCAGUUGCUGGUAAAUCCCAACCUCACCAAAAAAGAAGACCUGCUGUUGAUCGAAUCCUCAGAAGAGCCAUCCUUCCUAAAACCUAUGUUCUGACCAUGUUCAGACACUUUGCAAAGACCAAGGUCUCCAGUGAUGUCUAUCCUGUUGUCAAUGACAUUCUGCAGAGGUAUUUUGGACGUGUGGCUGAGGACUUGGAGGCUUUUGCAAGCCAUGCUAAGAGGAAAACUAUUGAAAAGGACGAUGUGGAGCUCCUGAUGAGAAGGCAGGGAUUUAUGAUUGACUGUUCCCAGGUGAAUGUUCUAAUUGAGAAGUUCCUCCCUCUGGAGUAUCGGAAACUUCUUGUUCCAAUAGCAACCAGUGGUAACAAAGUUAUCCCAAAAGAACGAUACUAAAGAUUCCAGUUCCCUUUUCUGUUUGUUUAAUGUUAACCCUUUGUUGAAAUUUGUUUAAUGUAUACAUUUUUAUAAAAGCUCUUAAUAAAAGACUUAUACCACAUCAAGAAAAAAA